GUCCCGCGAUUUAUUGGCACGCUUUGCACUGACGAACAAAACAUGCGCCCGAUUUCUCCAGCGCGCCUGUUAACCUAUACUUUAGCGUUAGCCAGCUAAGUAACGCUACCACUGACAGCAAUCUGUCUUGCUGACACAAACCAAUUGUAUUUUCUAAUGUUGUAGUCGUAUCACUGGCAUGGAGCUCUUGGUCUUAGAGUGUUGUCUAAACUAACUGUUUGUUAAGAGACCUUUGAGUCGAGGAUUUUUCAAAGGACAACAUGGUGUACCCCACUGCUCUCACGCAACUCAGAGUUGCAUAUCGAAAACUACCACUUGUUAGGAGAUCGCAAUGUCUUCAGCAUUUGCACAAUAGCAUGCACAACACCUCUCCAUUGCUUAUUGCUAAUGUUGCGAGGCCUGUUUUUCUCCGGCUGUCCGAGUAUGCAUCAUUUGUCCACAGCAACAUCGCAGUGUCACAGAGUCGUGGUAUAUGUCUCGAUGUGAAGUUAAGAAGUAAAGCGAGCCAUGGAGAGGAUAAAGAACAGGUGUCUGUUCAAAGGGCUCAGAGCGGACCCAGACUAACCGCAGGACAGAAAGUAAAACGGGCUGGCAAGGAUUUCACCUACCUGAUCGUUGUCCUCGUUGGAUUGGGCGUGACAGGUGGACUAUUGUAUGUUGUUUUCCAAGAGUUGUUUUCAUCAUCCAGUCCAAGCAAAAUUUACGGGAAGGCUUUUAAGAAAUGCAAGUCAAAUCCAGAGGUCAUAGGAGCUUUUGGGGAGCCCAUUACAUGUCAUGGGGAGACUACUCGAAGAGGCAGAAGGCAACAAGUUAGUCACAUGGAAUACAUAAAAGAUGGGCUGAAAUAUAUAAGGCUGAAGUUUUACAUUGAGGGGUCAGAACCCGGACGACAAGGGACUGUUCACACAGAGUCCAAAGAAAACCCUGAAACUGGUAAAUAUGAGUUUCGCUACAUUUUUGUUGAUGUAGACACCUAUCCAAGAAGAACCAUCAUUAUCGAAGACAACAGAUAAGGCUGCCAGUAGAAGUGAUUUUUUUCGAAGUUUUGUAUUUUCACAAAAUGACAAGACCCUUAUUGAAUAUCUAUGCCACCAACAAAUAUUGAGUGUACCAACAUCUGGGAUAGAGAUUUUUUUUGAAGAUUUAUUGAAAGCAACACAACAUUCAAAUGACACUGAAUACUAUUACAGGGAGUACACCAUUGGAUCAUUCUCUGCAACAUCAGAAAAUAUUAUUGAGCCGUGGUUGUAUAUAGUGUAAUUUACUUGGCAUGUGGUUUUCCCCUUUACUGUAAAGACACUUGCUAAGUGAUAGGGGGGUGUUGAAGAAACCAAGGUCCAUUCUCCCAACUUCCCAUGUGCAAACAGUCAGGAUUUGUGAUGAUGAUUGUGUUUUAAUUGUUGCUUCAUUAUUGAUGGAAUAAAAUACCAAACUGUCAAA